UUCUUGGAUGUGGUAAUCGAAAAGAUUCAGUGUGAUGAAAUCCUUUGGGAUGCCUGGAGAGGUGCUUUCGAAGACCUUGGGGCAGACAAAGAGGUAUGGUCAUCUAAGAAGUCAUACUUCCUGAGUGCUAAUAUUAUGUGCCAUUUUCUGACAUAUUUUGGAAAUCUUUUUUCAAAUGGUGGUCAGAAUUAUUAGUUCAUGUUCACUAAUCAAUAGGUUGGACACUCAUCACUCUUCAGGAAUGGAUAAGAAAACUAAAAAGUUCCAUUUUUUAUAUAACUCAUAUUGUGGUGUAUAACCUGAUGUGACGGUAAGUUACAGUGAGAGUGGAUCACAAUUUACUGCAGUACUUACUAUCACUUAAUUAUAGUGUGGCAGGUCUCCUUUUAUCUUCCGCCUGACAUAGUAUUAACACUGAAAAUUUAACUGACACUGUCUAAAUUUGCUAAAUUCUAACUUCCUAACAUUACAAUGGUCUAGAAAUAGAUCUGGCAGCUAGUUUACACGUGUUCUAUGGCUUUCUUAAACAGGUUUUAGUGAGACAACUUCUCAAAGAUGUCAUCACGAGAUGCAUGAAGAUGGCUACUUGUCAAUUCCUAAGGCAUUUUCGUCGUGGUUAUAAGCUAAAGAAAACUGAACACCAGAAACGUGUACUUCAAAGAAAACAAGUUGAAACUGAAAGGAAUGACCACCCCAAGUUUGCCACAAUGUUGGAGGACAGGUCCACUGGCAAGCAGCACAGCCACCAGAGGGUAUGUGUGUUUGUUGAAAAACAUGGCAUCGCUGGUGUUAAAAGAGUUUACAACAAGGUGCAGUUGGUAAAGCUUUGCAAGGCUUACGGAAUCCGGGUCAGGUCAACCUAUAACAAGCAAGACCUAGCCAAAGAAUUGGUUGAACUUUUGAAAAAUAAUAGCAGUCUCAAUGCCAUGCCCCACCCACAUCACCUGCAAAAUCUGAGUGCUCAGGCUGAUGUCGUCGAUGGCAGAGUUAUGCUAAGAAUUACAAUGUCAAACUAA